UAAAGACUAUUAACGACACAGAAAAUGUGCAUGCGUAUAAUUCUGUUCGUUAUUUUUGGAUAACUGGGAUUCCCCAUCGACAACAACACUAUUGUGAAAUGCAGGUUUGUCGUGCAUUAUCUAUCGGGCAGAUGUAGUAAUACCUGUACAUGUACUAGGCCUACAGUAUAUAUAGUAGCUUUGUGUACCAGAAGCAUUUUCACGCCAUUUCUGGAAACGGAUGGAUCCGAAGUCUUUCUAUCUGUAAAUUGAUCAAAAAUGCCUGAAAAUCUACAUUAAUAUUGUGCAUUCGUUAUUUUUGUUCUCGCAUCGAUUCCUCAUCACUGACUGUAUCAGAUCAUGAUCAUGGAGACAAUGCUAUUUUGGGGCAUCGUGCUUAUUGGGUGUUUUUCAUCAUGCAGCGGAUCAGUUUCAAGCACAUCGAGAUUUUGUGUGAUAGAAAAUCGUGUGGGGAGCAGUGGGGUUGGAAGCCAACGCCUGCUUGCCUUUAGAUCAAAUACUACAGCUUCUCCAGUUUCCGUGGAAGUGAGCUACGGAGAUGUGGACACCUCCUCGGCCGGGUGGAGCUCGUGGAAGAAUCUUGGAGCUCCGAUGGCCAGUCCACCGGUGUCCAACCCUGUGUGUGAAAUGACAGACCAAAAUCAAACCCAGAUCUUUGUGCAAGCAUCCGAUGGGCAGGUCUACUCGGCGAUUCAAGACACCCUCAAUUUUUUGAACUUCUCCUCGUGGAAGAAGGUCGGUUCCAACUCCAUCCCGGUCAGCUUACCCAAUCGAUCCACGCUCGUAGAUUCCGUAUCUGCAGUCUGGUAUGGCAAGCAACUCAUGGUUUUUGCUCGUUCGAUCAGUACUUCUUCAAGGCUGUAUUGGUGUAAAGGCACUUCAAGCAGCUGUACUUGGGGUCUUGUCGCUGGAACUGCGCUCAUUGGAACAGAUGCUACGCUGAUCAAGAAUCCUUUCACGGCGAAGUAUGAAGGAUUCGUGAUAUCUCCUAAAGGGAAGAUGUACCGGACAUGGCAGCAUGCCAGUGGCAACAGCUUUAAAGCCUGGAAAGCAAUGGCUUCUUCACCUACCUUCUCAGUUGUCUCCAGACCUGUCGCUCAAGUAAUGGGCUACAGCAUUUUUAACGGCAAGAUCAUGAUAGGGGGAAUCGGAGUGGAUAACUACGUGCACAGGUGCGCCCAGGCUGCCUGUGAUACAGUGGACAAUCCUUGGAGUUACUGCACGUGGGGAGACUGGCAUCAGACUGGGGGAAGAUUCCAUUUGACCAAGGAGGGAUGCAAAACAACUUGGUCAUGAGCAGGAAUGUACACUUCGGAGUUGAGAUCUUUGCGGUCCAAGAAACGAGUGGGCAAUUAUGGCAAACUUGGCAGCCCGGGAGAGAUACGUCUUGGAACGUCUGGAGAAAGAUUCCACAAAACCUGACGGGGGCAGCGUUCAUCAAUAACCCUUACCUCCGUCUCAACGAAGCUGGAUGGUGGAUGGCAUAUGGUCUCAAUUACAAAAAUCAGGUUGUUCCGGUUGAGGCUUCACAUUCCAUGGACAUCAGUCCAAAGAAGGUAGCCUGGUCCAAGAACCUGGUCGUGUCCUGGACCAUCUCUAGCGACCAGGCUUCAAAAAUGGACUGGAUCGGUGUCUACCCCAAGGGAGCAAACGACGAUCAGUACCUAGACUACAGGUAUGUCCAGGGUGGCCUGAAUCCUGGAAAGAACCCAGUAUGCAUAGGAAAGGUGUCUAUGUCCUCCUUCGUUCCAAACGGGACUUAUCAGGUUCGCUACCUGGUGAACAGUCAGUUCAUCAGCCUUAUGGAAAAGGAUGUGACCUUCUACAACGAAUCCCGCGAGUCAGAUAUGUUGCAGCUUUUCCGAGGUAUAUACACCGGUCUGGAGGCUAGUACGGAUAACAUUGAUGCAUGUAUAAAUGAGGGUCUACAGACCAUACAGAUGUUUGAGGAAUGUUUCAAUGAGUUCAAGAUGGGAAAGGUAUUUCAAGGUCUACAACUCCUCGGCACAGCCCUUGAAGAUGUUGCCCAGACCCUGACAAAAUGUAAUCUAUUUUCGAUCGCUAAGAAACUCCUCGGCUAUAUCACAGAUCUCCUGGAGUGUAUGGAGGGUAAUUGUCUUAGUUUCGUCUUCGACUUUAUCAUGGAGCUCCGGAUCCUGUUUUUGAAUAGGUAUGAGAUCUACGGGGAUAUCAGGGGUGCCGAGAAUAGCUUUCAGCAAAAGGCUUAUCAGCAAGGAGGGCUGUGUAUCGGAAGAUUUGUCAAGGCUUGCUUUCUGGUACAGGACUCCCUGAUGGCCAAUGGUAGUUUGGAGUAUGUUAAACUGAAGGGGGUUGUGAAGAUGACUGGGAACAGUACGAGUAUGAAUGCUUUGAAGCUUAAUGCCACCGGUAGUACUAAGAAUAUGAAGCUGGUCGAAUCCGGUAGUAAGAUGGGGGUGAAGCUGAUUGAAACUGGUAAAAAGAAGGGGUAA